AUGCGGUUUGAGUCGACUAGCCAAUACGACCGGGAAAGGCAAUCGUCUUCUGACUGCGACAAAUUCUCAGCUUCUACGACACGUCUUCCUAGAUCAUCAGCUAGUCAGGACCUGGGUCGGAUGGCAAAUAAACAAUCUACCAUCUUCAUGAGUGACAAAGGCAUGCAACUGGCCACAUCCAUUGUGCGCGCACCCGAGCCGCCUGGGGCGGCUUAUCGCCAAGUUUACAGUAUUCUUGCCAACAAAGACUCGUUCUACGAGCUCCAUCGCCGGUUUAUGCUAGGGCGAGAAUAUGCCGAUGAGUUCCAGGCUGCGGUUCUAGUUUUAUUCAAUCGCUCCCCUCACAUCUUAUCUCCCGCUUACUACGCCGUAUUGGGUCUCGCCGCUUUCCGCAGUAUUUACAGCAGAGAACUACACGGUUUUGAUUGGAGCAAGGGGGCUGAUUGCAUCCGAUGCUUAAGGCAUGCCUCACUCUUCAUAGCUGACGUAGAAGACGCUGCCGUUUUUCUGAUGCUUGGCCAGCUUCUUCUGGUCUAUAACCACCUGGUACCCAGCUUCUGUGAGCAAGCUAUCGAGUGUGGUGCACUUUUGAGUGCCAAGGACUGGUACCCAGCUUUGGCUCUACGACCAGAGCUGGAUUCGGUUACCCUUUGUUUGGUUCUAGUGGACACAGUCAAAUGCUUGGUUGCUCGUGAGUUGCCUGUUAUGCGGCUGACCGCUGUCGACCGAUGCACAUUCGACAGAUUUAUUGGCGCUUGCUCUUCUCUUCUUCCUCUACUUUAUGAUCUAUGUGAGCGAAGUUAUCAAGUAAAGAUGAGGAUAAUUCCACAAGUUUGCGAGCAAGAGAACUCAAAUGCAAGCGAUCCUUACGAGGACAUCGAAAAGAAUAUUAGCGCUUGGAAGCCUCUGCGCCAUGAGCCUCGUUCGUCACAGCAUGAACUUCUUGAAACAGAUGCAGCGCUGGCACAGGCGAGUUUGUACCGCAUCGCGGCGUUGCUCGUCAUACAUCGCCUGCGCUUUCCCAUCGGUGAAGAGGACAGCACUGCGCGUCGGUAUGCGGACUGCAUAUUAACUCAACUGUCAUUCAUUAGCACGUGCUCAUCUGAAGGAACGGGCAUUGGGUUGGAUUUUCCACUUUUGGUUGCCAUGAUGGAGCUCCCCAAUCGAGGUGAACAAGUGUUUUGGGCGUUGGACAACUUUAGGAUUCGGCAAAACUUUAGCAACCUUGCGCAGUUUGUCAAAUCGGUCUGGAAAGAGUAUGAGUCAGGAUAUGACGGCCUUUGGCUUGACCUUAUACCCCGCAAAUUACAAUUGCCAAUGUUGCCCUAG